AAACUAGUUGUGACUCAGAGUCCCGAUGUUUCUGUCAUGGAGGGGGAGAUGGUGAAGAUCAUCUGCUGCUGGACAGGGAACAUUGGAAGAGUUCGAGUGAACUGGUCGAAAAAUCUAACACAAAACAAGAAAGAUCUGAACAUGAAGGAUCAAGAUCAAGUGUUUCAGAAAAAGGAGGAAAACGACUGUUCAACUCUGACCUUUCCAAGUAUCUCAAGAAAAGAUGCAGGUACAUACGUCUGCAAGGUUUCUAUGGAGAUACCAGUUUUAGUUACAGCUCUUGGAAAGGGUACAGUCAUCACAGUUACAUUCGUGGAGGAAACAUCCAAAGAAACAUCUGAUGAAACAUCUGAUGAAACAGCUGGAGACACAACUGGAGACACAGUUAGAGAUUCUCACCAGGAAGAAGAAGAAGUGCUCAUUCAUGUCCUGAGGUGUCUGCCCAUCCUCACCCUCAUCAUCGCCUUCUUCUGGCUCUACUACGAAGGGACUAAAGCUCAGAGGAAAGCAACAGCUUCUCCAGGAAAUGGACCAACUCUGGCCCCAAGAACAGAGGAAGACCAAGAGGAAGAAGAAGAGAGAGAAGAGGAGAUAGAAGAGAAGAGAGAAGAGGAGAUAGAAGAGAGAGAAGAGAAGAGAGAAGAGGAGAUAGAAGAGAAGAGAGAAGAGAGAGUGAUAGAAGCAGCAGAAGAGUCAGAAACAUUGGAAAGAAGUGAAACGAACACAACUGAUGUUCUGUGAAUGCUUGUGUAAACACUUCUGACGAACAUAUGAAUAAAAAUAA